AAUCUUUAAUGUUUUCGGAUUCAGCUUUUAUACAUUCUAGGGUUUUUUUUUCUUAUAAAAAAAAAUUUCUCUAUAUAAUCUCUUCUUCGUUUUGAUAUAUGUAGAGAGAGGAUGAGGCAGCCGACACAUGUAUGCUUUGCAUGAAAGAGAGAGAGAUAGAUUUAAUUAAGCUUGUUUUAUUAAAUUUUCUAGCUGCAAUUUUGAGUUUUAUCUCCUUUACCUUUGUUUCUAGAUUCAGUUCCUUUUUAAAAAAAAAACUAAAGCUGGGAGAAUCAGAGAUGAAACCCUAACUUGCAGUGUCCGUACUUAGAGAUUUAUACUUUCCAUUUAUGGAUUCAUCGAUCAAGUCUUUGUUAGUUGCUGUUUAUCCCCAGAUUUGAUUUCAAACUCUAUCACAUAUGAAUUGUCUCAAGCCUCAACUUCAAAAGGUGAGUCAAAGCUGAUUGCACUUGAAUCCAUGGAAUCAUAUUGGUUUUAAUGGAGAAAUUUUUUUGGAGUUCAUGUGCUAUAAAUCGUGGGCAUUGUAGUUUCCAUGUAAGUUAUUAUUCUAAAGUAUUUAAUAGAUAUAUGUGCAAUCAAAAGGGAUAAUCAGUUAAAGAUAUGUGGAAGCCAUCAAAGAAAAAUCUUCAGUUUGAUGACUGAGUAUAGCUAAUCUCCGAUCGUUGUGGGAAAGAAAAUAAUUUUUGUGUAGCAAAGGAAAACUAGUAUGAGCUUUUGAUUAUUCUAUACCGCUAAUUAAGUUCUAGUUGGGGCUUGACUAAAAUAUUAGAUGAAUAGUUGAAUAGUGGCAAAUUGGAAUAGUCAGAUGCUUGGAUAAGGGAAAACACGUUACCUACAGUUUUGUAAAAUAAUCAUAAAACUUCUUGAACUGGUUAUAGAAAAUUUAGUAAUGUUUCAUUUCUUUUUCUAGAUAUAUCUUUAGUUCAUUCAUUGUGGAAUCGUUUGUCGAAAUAAUUGUGAGUAUUUACUUUGGUAUCUAUGUUGGAAUAAGAUUAUAAUGUUUGAGCAUUUAAUCUCUCUCCCUCUACAAACGUGUGUGCAGUAAUCUGUAUGCGUAUACAACUGUUGACGUUUUUCAUAGGUAUGAUGACUCACACAUGUGUUAAAUGGAUAAAUAUUGAUGUCUAUUUUGUUUUCUCGUGUAUUUGUUCAGAGGACGGAAAUAAGAACACUCUGUAAAUUUUGGAAUGUGUUAUAUAUGAAAGAAGUAUUGUCAUCUUUGUGUCCAAUUGUGUACAUUGUGGCGCAACAUAAACCUACAAGCCCCUUUGAUUCCCCUUUGUUCUUCAUCUCAUCUUUUAAUUUUUCUUUUGAUUGUGUUUAGACUUUCUGUGCCAGUUUGUUGCAAACUCCUUACAUAUAUAGUAGACCUAUUCAAUGUCAAGAUUAAUUUAUUAGGUAGUGGAAAUUGCAAGUUUAGGAGUAUUCGAUAUUAUCAGUGGGAUAUGUUUGUGGCAUGCUGUCUAGCCACUUGUUAUACCAACUUCUGUUUCUUUUCAUUAACUAGUAUGCUAUCAUUUUGUUUCCGCAUACCAAUUAUAACAAAAAUUGAUCUUUGGAUACGUCAAUCGAUCGCCCCGUGCACUAGAAUCCAUUUUUCUACAACGGCCGGUGGGAAUGGGAUUAAAUUGGGAGGUGUACCCACAUGUCUUUGAAAGUAGAGUACCAUUGUCGAGCAUGAGAAUCGAGUCUUUUUUUUUUUGGUUCCGUAGAAACUAAGUGAUAAUAAUAAUUUCCAGUUAACCGUCUCAUCAAUCACCAUCGCAAUAAACAUAAGAGUGCAUAUCAUGUGAAGAUUCAAAACUAAGUCACACAUAUCAUAAUGUGAAGGUUCAACUCUUAAGUCGUAUUAGUAUGUACAACUCUAAGUCGUAUUAAUAAGUAUACAACCGGAUGGAUCUUGUGAACCAACCCGACUAUUUCAUUGCUUCAAUAUAUUUAUUGUUAUUAAGAUCGCAACGCAUGUGUCUAGACUCCGACAUGUUUAGAAAUUAGAACACAUUAAUUAAAAAAUCUUGCCCUAGAAUGCAGAAGAAUCUAGUAGUAGAAAAUGGUCAAAAAAAAGAAAGUUACAUAGUCUAUAGAAAAGAGGUAAAACCGUAAAAGUACACUAAUUUCUAUUGUAUGAAAAAACAAAUUUAAAACCCGAUUCUUUUUGUGUGUUUUUGUUUUCUUCCAGAAAAAUGCAAUCGGAAGAAUAAUUUUACAACAGUACUACAACAUAGCAAUAAACGUUAGGAUAGAAAAAAAUAAAAAAGGUUUAGCAGAAUUUGUUUAGAGAUUUUUAGAAUCAACACUUGUCCAAUACCAGUCACAGAAGUAACGCACUUGCGACAGGUCGUCGGCCUUAUUUGACCAUUUUGUCACACAUUGUCACGUGAAAAAAAAAAAAAACAAUAAUGGUAACUCUUUGAUCAAAAGUAAUAGUAAUGUCUACCCAAAAUGAUACUAUUCAGAAGCAAUUAUAUAAGGAAAAUAAAUUAUCGACAGCAUAAAUGGUCGUUCACCAGUCACACCACCAUGUGUUAAAAAUUGUUUUCCCUAAUUAAUGUUUUUUUUUUUUUACUUUUAAGAGUUUGAAUAAAAAUUAAAAGCACCUCUCUGUAAUUAAAUCGUUAGAUAAAAAAAACGAACGGCUCAGAUGUGUUAAGAGUACAUAAAUACACAACACAUGAGCGCAGAUGAUCUCACCAUAGAAUGUAGAAGAACCAGUUACGAGAAAUUUCGUGAGAAAUUGCGUCAGAUUGCAAAGACGAGAGAGCCUAAAGGGCUUUUUUUUUUUUCUUCUUCUUCCAAUUUUGUCAUCAUCGGUGGCGAUCGCUUUCUCCAUGGAUAAUCUCAGAUUUCACGAUGGUAACAUCUUCAAUCUCCUCCACACAAGGUCUCAGGACCCGAGUCAUGAGGUUGAUCAAAGAAUGCAAUUACACUCUUCCUUGGUUCGGAGACUUUCUCAGGAAGAGGAAAUGGAGGGACAUCAAGGCUGUGUUAAUGCUCUGGCUUGGAACUCUAAUGGCUCGCUGUUGAUUUCUGGAUCAGAUGAUUUAAGGAUCAAUAUUUGGAAUUACUCCAGUCGGAAGCUUUUGCAUUCUAUAGAUACAGGGCAUACUGCCAACAUAUUCUGUACCAAGUUUGUCCCUGAAACCUCCGACGAGCUUGUGGUAUCUGGUGCUGGAGAUGCUGAGGUUAGGCUAUUCAAUCUAUCCCGGUUAAGCAGUAGAGGAGAUGAUGACAAUGCUAUUAUUCCAUCAGCAUUGUACCAAUGUCACACACGAAGAGUGAAAAAACUAGCUGUCGAGCCUGGUAACCCCAAUGUUGUAUGGAGUGCUAGUGAAGAUGGGACUUUACGGCAGCAUGAUUUCCGAGAGUCCACCUCUUGUCCUCCUCCUGGAUCCGCUCACCAUGAAUGCCGCAGUGUUCUGCUUGAUCUGCGCAGUGGUGCCAAAAGAGCACUAGCUGACCCUCCUAAGCAAACACUCUCCCUGAAGUCUUGUGAUAUAAGUGCCACAAGACCACACCUACUUCUUGUUGGUGGAAGUGAUGCAUUUGCUCGUUUGUACGAUAGAAGGAUGCUCCCACCGUUGACAUCAAGUCGGAAAAGGAUGCCUCCACCUCCAUGUGUCAAUUACUUCUGUCCCAUACAUCUUUCUGAACGUGGGCGAACAAAUUUGCACCUAACACAUGUUACUUUUAGUCCUAAUGGCGAAGAAGUUUUGCUCAGUUACAGCGGGGAGCAUGUCUACCUGAUGGAUGUGAAUAAUGGCACGGGAAUUAUGCAAUACACACCAGGGGAUGUAGAUAACUUUUUUUCUUUCAGUAACGCCCUCCACAAUGUAGAAUCUCCACCUCAGGUUUCCGUCACUCCUCAAAAUGGCUUUCACAGAAAUAACAAUUCUGCAACGGUUAAGAAGUGCACCGAAUUGGUAGAAAUUGCCAAAAUGUCUUUAGAAGAGGGUACAGAUGUUUUCUAUGCAAUUGAGGCAGCUAAUGAAGUUCUGGAUGCUCAUUCUAAUGAUAUAGAGUCUGCGCUAAGGCUUGAAUGCCUUUGUACUCGUGCUGCAUUGUUACUCAAGAGGAAGUGGAAGAAUGAUGCUCAUAUGGCCGUAAGAGAUUGUCAAAAUGCUCGGAGAAUUGAUGCUUCAUCUUUUAAAGCUCAUUACUACAUGUCUGAAGCGCUGCAUCAAUUGGGAAGAUGUAAAGAAGCCUUAGAUUUUGCGACUGCUGCACAACAUCUGAACCCAUCAGAUGCCGAUAUAGUGGCAAAGGUGGAGAGCAUUAAAAGGGAUCUUCAAGCAGCUGGAACUGAGAAAAAUGAAGAGACGGGUGCUGGAACCACUAGAGUACUUUCUUUGAGUGACAUACUCUAUAGAUCAGAGGCCAACAGUGACAGUUCACAUGAUAUGUCACGAUCCGAAAGAGAAGACUCUGAUUAUGACGAGGAAUUAGAGUUGGAUAUUCAAACUUCUUUGUCUGAUGAUGAAGGACGAGAUCCAGACUCGAAUGCUAUGCGUGGCAGUCUCAACCUACGAAUUCACAGAGUAGCUGAUGAUAAACCGAUGGAAAAUACAGUUGAUAAUGCCUCCUCAGGAACUGCAUCAUCAUCUCAAAAUGAUAGAACGUCUUAUCAGCCAGAGGGAGCCAUUGAUAUGAAGCGUAGAUAUGUUGGCCACUGUAAUACAGGGACUGAUAUUAAGCAGGCGAGUUUUCUUGGUCAGAGAGGUGAAUAUAUUGCAAGUGGAAGCGAUGAUGGUAGGUGGUUUAUAUGGGAGAAACAGACGGGAAGGCUUAUGAAAGUGCUUCUUGGCGAUCAAGCAGUUGUGAACUGCAUCCAAUGUCACCCAAUUGAUAGUGUUGUGGCGACGAGUGGAAUUGAUAACACAAUAAAGAUAUGGAGCCCAACCGCAGCAGUCCCAUCGAUUGUAGCGGGUGGAUCAGCUGGACCUGCAACGGCCAAUGUGGUGGAAGUAAUGGAGAUUAAUCAACAGAAGCUAAGCCACAGUCGAGAGAAUCCCCUAUCUGUGGAGCUUCUGCAAAGGUUUAGGAUGCAAGAAUUGGCAGAAGGAAACUUUCACCCAUUUGAAUGUACUCAGAGCUAAAGCAGGAGGAAAGUGUGUAUAGGUAAAAAUAAGCUUUUGCUUUGUGAAGGUGAUGUUGGAAUAACAAUGUCUUUGAAAUAUGAAUAAUGAAUAAUAGUGUUUGAUUAGGUUCCAAAUGUAGCAAAAGCUUUCUAUCUGUAAAAUCUCAUGCAUAGCUUCUUUCCAAGCUCUCUUUUUUUUUUUUGUGUUGUACAGUUCGAUAUUGGCUUCUUUUGACUGUGAAAAUGUCAGCUUUUUCUUUUUCUUUGAAGUUACAUUGUUUGACGUU